AUGAUCUCCCCUGUUACUACCUGUGGCGCGGACGCGACAGCGGACAUGGCGACGAGCAGCAGCAGUGCUGAGAGGAAGGAAGGUGGGGUUAGUCAGUGGGAGGAUGGACGGGAGGCAGGAGCAGCAGGAGGGGCAGGAGCGGCAGGAGCGGCGGGAGAGGAGGGAGGGGAUGAGCUACAGGUGGAGCUAUGUGUGGACGUGGGGUCGCCUUACAGCCUCGUGGCGCUCGAAAUCCUCCUCAGGUACCGCCAUCUGUGGAACGUCAGACUGCUGUUGCGCCCGGUGCUGCUGGGAGCUAUCCUCCGCGCCACAGGCAACGCCAUGCCCUCUGCCGUGCCCGCUCGAGGAGCGUGGUUACAGCACGACAUGGAGCGCACAGCAGCGUUCGCCCGGCUGCCGCGCAUCUCCCCCCCACCGGGCUUCGGCUCGCCGCGCUUCUCCACGCUGCGCUGCCAGCGCCUGCUCACCGCCCUCGCACUGCAACAGGGCCAUGAAUCGCCGCAGCUGCUCGCCCUCACACGCGCACUCUUCAAAGCCAUCUGGACCGCUCCUCCUCCCCAUCGCCCUCCUCCUUCUACCCACCUCACCUCAACCACCACACAUACAGUCCCCAUUGCUCCUGCCUCCUCCUCCUCCUCCUCCCCAUCGGACAUCGCAACCCCAUCGCGCACCGACAUCGCAGCACCGGCGUUGCUGCGCCACGCGUGCGGCCAGGCCGGCAUCCUGCCUGCCCACCAGGACGCGCUGCUGGCUGCUGCUGCCACACCUGCCGUCAAACAGGCGCUUACUGCGAGCACACAGGCGGCCAUAGAAGGGGGCGCAUUCGGAACGCCCACGCUCUUCAUCCGCCCAACCACUCGCCCCCUGCACCUGCCCACGGGCGCCACGCUCUCCCCCGCGCGCCCUCUCAUGCUCUUCGGCUCCGACCGCUUCGAGCAGCUCGCCUGGCUGCUGGGGCUGCCGUGGCACGGCCCCAACCCCCCGCUAGCAGCGCUCUGA